UUUAAACUUAGGUAGUGCUGCCGAGCUCCCGAAGCAGCUGGGUGCGAGCCGACGCCGGCGGGAUGGCAGAGGAAGGGGCCGUGGCUGUGUGCGUGCGGGUGCGGCCGCUCAACAGCAGAGAAGAAGCCCUUGGAGAAGAGACCCAAGUUUACUGGAAAACUGACAAUAAUGUUAUUUAUCAAGUUGAUGGGAGUAAAUCCUUCAAUUUUGAUCGUGUCUUUCAUAGUAAUGAAACUACUAAAAACGUGUAUGAAGAAAUAGCAGUACCAAUCAUAGACUCUGCUAUCCAAGGCUACAAUGGUACUAUCUUUGCCUAUGGGCAGACUGCUUCAGGAAAAACUUACACUAUGAUGGGGUCAAAAGAAUAUUUGGGUGUAAUACCCAGGGCGAUUCAUGACAUUUUCCAAAAAAUUAAGAAGUUUCCUGAUAGGGAAUUUCUCUUACGUGUGUCCUACAUGGAGAUCUACAAUGAGACCAUCACAGACUUACUCUGUGACACGCAAAAAAUGAAGCCUUUAAUAAUUCGGGAAGACUUCAAUAGGAAUGUAUACGUGUCAGAUCUCACAGAAGAAGUGGUUUACACAUCAGAAAUGGCUUUGAAGUGGAUCACAAAGGGAGAAAAAAACAGACAUUAUGGAAUUACAAAAAUGAAUCAAAGAAGCAGUCGUUCCCAUACCAUUUUCAGGAUGAUUUUGGAAAGCAGAGAGAAAGGCGAACCUUCUAACUGUGACGGCUCCGUCAAGGUUUCCCACUUGAACUUGGUUGAUCUUGCGGACAGUGAAAGAGCUGCCCAGACGGGGGCAGAAGGUGUGCGGCUCAAGGAAGGCUGCAACAUAAAUCGAAGCCUGUUUAUUUUGGGGCAAGUCAUCAAGAGGCUGAGUGACGGGCAAGUGGGUGGUUUCAUAAAUUAUCGAGAUAGCAAAUUAACACGAAUUCUCCAGAAUUCCUUGGGAGGAAAUGCAAAAACACGUAUCAUCUGCACAAUUACUCCAGUGUCUUAUGAUGAAACCCUCACUACUCUGCAGUUUGCCAGCACUGCUAAAUAUAUGAAAAAUACUCCCUAUGUUAACGAGGUGUCAAGUGAUGAAGCUCUCCUGAAGAGAUACAGGAAGGAAAUCAUGGACCUUAAAAAGCAGUUAGAGGAGGUUUCUUUAGAGACUCGGGCCCAGGCAAUGGAAAAAGACCAAUUGGCUCAACUUCUGGAAGAAAAGGAUUUGCUUCAAAAAGUACAGAUUGAGAAAAUUCAAAACUUAACACGGAUGCUGGUGACUUCUUCUUCCCUCACCUCACAGCAGGAAUUAAAGGCUAAAAGAAAACGAAGAGUCACUUGGUGUCUCGGAAAAAUUAACAAAAUGAAAGAUUCAAACUAUGUCGAUGAAUUUAAUGUGCCAGCAAAUGUAACAACAAAAUCACAAAGAGCUACUCUAACUGUCCUGGGAGAAAUCGAUGAAUCUCUCUGUUCAGAGUCUGAUGUUUUCAGUAACACGCUUGAUACGUUAACUGAGGUAGAGUGGAAUCCAGCAACAAAGCUACUAAGUCAGGAAAACUUAGAGAGUGAGUUGAACUCACUCCGUGCUAACUAUGAUAAUCUGGUACUGGACUACGAACAACUACGAAGAGAAAAUGAAGAAAUGGAAUUGAAAUUAAAAGAAAAGAACGAUUUGGAUGAAUUUGAGGCUCUAGAAAGAAAAGCUGAGAAAGAUCAAGAGAUGCAACUAAUUCAUGAAAUUUCCAACUUAAAGAAUUUAGUUAAGCAUGCAGAAGUAUAUAAUCAAGAUCUGGAGAGUGAAUUAAGCUCAAAAGUAGAGAUGCUUAAAGAAAAAGAAGACCAGAUUAAGAAGCUACAGAAAUAUAUAGACUCUCAGCAGUCAGAAAAUACAAGAAUGGACUUGUCAUACUCAUCGGAAAACACUGAUGACCUAAAACAAAUGAAGCAGACCCUGCUUGAUGUCGAAACUGUAGCCCUUGAUUCCAAAAGAGAGUCAGCCUUUCUUAGAAGUGAAAACCUGGAGCUGAAAGAGAAAAUGAAAGAACUGGCGAGUACAUGCAAUCAAAUGGAAAAUGAUAUUCAUGCAUAUCAAAGGCAGUUGGAGACAAAAAAGAAAAUGCAAGUGGACCUGGAGAAAGAGCUGCAGUCUUCUUAUAAUGAAAUAGCAAAGCUCACCUCCCUUAUGGAUGGCAAGAUUCCAAAAGAUUUGCUCUGUAACUUGGAAUUGGAAAGAAAGAUUGCUGAUCUUCAAAAGGAACUGAAUAAAGGAGUUGAAGAAAAUGAGGCUUUGCGUAAUGAAAUCAACACGCUUUCAGAAUUGAAGCCUUUAACCUCAGAAAUAGAAAUGCUGAGGAAAGAGAUACGUGAUAAGUCUGAAGAACUCUCUGCAGUGACAUCAGAAAAGGACCGUUUAUUUUCUGAGGUAGUUCAUAAGGAGAGUAGGAUUCAAGACUUACUUGAGGAAAUUGGGAAAGCUAAGGAUGACCUAGCAGCUACCCAAACAGACUAUAAAGGCACAGGUCAAGACAUCCAGGAUUUUAAAAAUCAUCACAUUGAAUUUGAGCAGAAGUAUGAAAUGGUCCUCGAGGAAAACUUAAGAAUGAAUCAGGAAAUAGGAAAUCUGUCUAAAGAGGUGGAAAAUCUUGGUGUCAGUUUGGCUGCUCUGAAGACCGAGCUUUCUCACAAGACCCAAGAACUUCAGCAGAAAACAACCGAGAGUCAAGAAAGGCUGGGUGGGAUGGAGCAGCUGAAGGCACAGUUGGAGAGUAGCGAUUCUAGGCUGCAGACGCUGGAGAUGGAGAAGGCGGUGGCUACUGAGAAGCUGCAACAGACCUUAGAAGAAGUGAGAGCCUUGACGCAAGAAAAAGAUGAGCUGAGACAGCUGCAGGAGCGCCUGCAGGUGGAGAGGGACCAGCUCAGAAGUGACAUUCAGGACACUGUCCACAUGAACAUAGAGACCCAGGAACAGCUACGAGAUGCUCUGCAGUCCUUGAAACAACACCAGGAAACAAUCAACACACUGAAAAUGAAAAUUUCUGAUGAAGCUUCCAGGGAUGUGCCCAAGGAGGGAAGCACAGGAGAAACAGAGGGUGAAUUUCAGGGAAAGGUGUCUGGCGUAGGUGCACAGAGCUGGGACACCAGAACAGCCCAGAUGCUGAUUGCAGGCGUGGAGGAUCGUGAGCAGCAGAGAAAAAUACUUUCUUUAGUGCAGGAGAAAGAGGAGCUGCAGCAGGUGUUGGAGCGGGUCAGCGCAGAAAAGGAACAGCUGAAGGCUGACCUCAAGGAGAGCAUUGAAAUGACCAUUGAAAACCAGGAAGAACUGAGAAUUCUUAGAGAUGAACUCAAAAAGCAACAAGAGAUAGUUACACAAGAAAAGGACUGUACCAUCCAGAAAGAUGAGCUUUCCAGGACCUGUGAGAAACUGUUAGAAGUCGAAGAAAGGCUGAAGGAAAAGAGCCAACAACUUGAAGAAAGACAGCAACAACUUCUUAUUGUACAAGAAGAGGUGAAUGAGAUGCAGAAGAAGAUGAAUGACAUAGAGAAUUUAAAGAAUGAAUUAAAGAACCAAGAAUUAACAUUGGAACGCACAGAAAUGGAGAGACUAGAUUUGGCUCAGAAACUUCAUGAAAAUUGUGAAGAAAUAAAAUCCCUAACCAAAGAAAGAAAUGAUCUCAAGGAAUUACAAGAUUCAUUUGAAAUAGAGAGAGAGAAACUUAAAGGGUACAUAAGGGAAAUAGAACUGACAGGUUUAGAAACAAAAGAAGAACUAAAAGUGGCUCGCAUUCGUCUAAAAGAGCACCAGGAAACCAUUGAUGAAUUAAGAAAUACUGUUGAGAAGACAUCACAGAUGAUGACUAUUCAGAACUUGGAAAAAUCCAGGACUGAAUUACAGUGCAAGACCCCAGAGCCUCCCGAGCAGCAGGAGCUGCUUGCUGGCGUGAGUGAGGUCGACCGGACCCGGGAGACAGUGGAUGGACAAGCGACCUGGGAAGAACCACCCGGAGCCGAGAAUUCAGCCGUGCUUGCCAGCGUGGGACUGCAGGAGAGCCCCAGAGAAAGAAAAUCUCCCACAGAGGAAAGAGACAACCUGCAAAGGACGAAAGAGACACUUGAAGCCGAAUGUGAGCAGCUGAAAGAAGACAGUAGAGGGCCCGUGGCCAACGCCCAAGAAUCUCAAGAAAAUCAAGAACUGUCCUUCAGCAUGGAAGAAAAAGGCAGUGAGGCUGAGAAAACAACGAGUGAGGAGGGGGCAUCGGAGGCACCAUUCAGAGUCGAGGGUGCAACUCUCCCGGAGUUGGGGGCAGGAAGGCUCAGCUUGUCACAGGGGCUGCAGGAAGCCCUUCAGGCUGAAAGUGACCAACUCAGAGAGAACUUGGGAGAGGUCACAGCUAAACACCAAGAAACGGAAAAGGAACUGAGAAUUGCUCAUCAUCACCUGAAAGAACAUGAGGAAACCAUUCAUCAGCUGAAAGUGGCUCUUUGCGAGAGGGAAACCGAACUGUCAAGCAUGCAGAAGGAACUAGAAACAGCCCACAAUGAAUUACAGAAAAAGGACCUGGAAAUACAAGAGGAACUAGAAACUGCUCGCAUGAGUCUGAAAGAACAGCAAGAAACCAUUGAUAAACUCCGAGGGAUGGUUUCAGAGAAGACAGAUGAAAUAUCAAGUAUACAAAUGGAUUUAGAAAACACAAAUUCUUUCUUAAAAUCACAGGUCCAAGAACUCCAGGAAAAAGAACAUCAACUUCUUGAGGCAAAACAUUGUCUCACAGAAAAUAUAUACCAAACAGAGCAACUGAGGAAGGAAAUGGAGGCCCAGAACUCUACCCUGGGAGGUCUGGAAGCAGAGAAGUUACUGUUGACACAGAAACUUCAUGAAAACCUUAAAGAAAUAGAAGUUAUCACCAUGGAAAGAGAUGGCCUGAGAAGAGCAGAGGGGGCGCUCCAGACAGAGCAGGAACAGCUCAGGGAGAGCCUCCAGGCAGCCAAGACCAAAGACCUGGAAACACAAGAGGAACUGAAGUCUGUUUACAUGUGUCUGAAAGAGCAGCAAGAAACCAUCGAUAAACUCCAAGGGGUGCUCUCAGAGAAGACGGAUGAAAUAUCAAGUAUGCAGGUGGAUCUAGAAAACAAAAACACCGAGUUAGAAGAAAAGAUUCAAGAACUGAAGUCAAAUGAACAACAGCUUCUUAAGUUAAAAGAAGCUGUCAGUGAGACACAGAAAAAAAUGCCUGAAAUGGAGCGAUUAAAGACACAACUCAAGACCCAAAGUCUAACCCUGGAUAAAAUGGAAAUGGAGAACUUAAAUCUGGCUCAGAAAUUGCAUGAGAACCUUGAAGAGAUGAAAUCUGUAACGAGAGAAAGGGAUCGUCUCCGGAGAAUGGAAGAGAUGCUCAUCUUGGAGAGAGAUCAGCUUCGGGGAGAGCUGCAGGGAGCCCUGACGAGGGAUCAGGAAACACAAGGAGAACUGAAAACUGCUCAUGUACAUUUGAAGGAGCACCAGGAAACUAUCAGUAAACUCAGAGAGAGACUUUCAGAAAAGACAACACAGAUUUCGUGUAUUCAGGAGGAUUUAAAUAAAGCAAAAGAUGAAUUACAGAAAAAGCAGGACCAGCAGAACCACAAAGCGGUGGUCAAAUGUGGAAAAACGUCAGUAUGUGAUGGAAGACACCUUACAGAAAACCUGAGAGGGAAGUGCUUUAGAAUAAAAGAACUUCUGAAGAAAUACCCAGAGAUGGAUAAUCAGUACAAAUGCUUAAGCAGAUUAUCUCGUCACCUGGAGAAGGAAAUCGAAACCCAAAAAGAGCUUUCAGCUAGAAUAAAAGCAAACCUCCCGCUUCCAUCUCCACAAACCAAAGAGAUUCAAAAGCUUCUCGCUACAAACCAAAGAUGUUCCAUGGAAUUCCUCCGGGUCAUAAAGAAAUUCGAGUAUGUACUAAGUCAAAUCACAAAGUUCAAAGAAGAAAAUCAUGAAUCCAUCAAUAAAUUUGAAAUGGCUGUUGUGGAUGAAGUGGAAAAGCAAAAUGAGCUGCUGAUUAAGAUACAGCACCUGCAGCCAGACUGUGACGAACCAUCCAUAGAAAUAGGAGACCUUGAAGAGAAUUUGGACCUACAUGCUGAGGAAAUUCUCAGUGAUCUCACAGAAAAUAACUUCCACAACAUAAAUACUGAAUUUGAAGAAGUCCUAAGUAAUAGGAAAGAGAUGACCCAGUUUUUGAAAGAGUGGUUAAAUACUCCUGUUGACACAGAAAAGCUUAAAAAUGGUAUCCAGAGAAAAAAUGACAGGCUCAGUCAAGUGAAUAUCCUUUAUAAUAACAAGAUAAUUGCUAUACUUAAUGAAUCAACAAAGUUUGAAGAAAGAAAGGCUGUUGUCGCUAAAGAAUGGGAGCAGAAACUGAAAUCAAUGAAAGAGAUAAAUGAAAAACUGUUUAAAAACUACAAAACUUUGAAAAUCCCCCAGACAUCUGUUGCCCUUGUCAACCCUGCUCCCCAAGACGAUAAGAAUCAUGUUAUAGCCAGAGCUCCACAGCCCACCUCAGAGAGAAUUCAGGAGCUGGAAGCCUCACUGCGUGAAGCUAAAGACAGCGCGAGGCAUAAAGAAAGCAAGAUUAUAAAAAUGCAGAAAGAACUUGAGAUGAUGACUGAUGUGAUAGCAAAACUUCAAGGGAAAGUUAAUGAAUCAAAUGAAUGCCUUGAGAAAACAAAAGAAAUGAUGCAAGCCCUUCAGGACAAGGCCGUUUUGGGAGCUAAACCUUAUAAAGAAGAAAUUGAAGAUCUCAAAACAAAGCUGGUCAAAGUAGACCUGGAGAAGAUGAAACUCACCAAGGAGUUUGAAAAGGAGAUGACUUCUGUAAAAGCCGCCGUAGACUAUCAAAAAGAAGUUAUACGGGUACUGAGAGAAAAUCUUAGAAGAAAUCAACAGGCCCAAGAUACCUCAAUGGUCUCAGAACACACUGAGUCUCAGCCUGCAAAUAAACCCCUAACCUGUGGCGGUGGCAGUGGCAUUGUACAAAGCACCAAAGCUCUGAUCCUGAAAAGUGAAUAUGUAAGGCUAGAAAAAGAAAAUUCCAAGUUAAAGCAGCAAAAUGAACAGCUCCUCAAGGAAAACGAUGAACUGUUAAGCAAUAAUCACCAUCUUUCCAAUGAGGUCAGAACCUGGAAGGAGAGAACUUUGAAAAGAGACCCUCACAGUGAGGCAGCCCGUGAGAUUUCUCCAAAGUCUCCGAAGGUGGCUGGCAUGGUCUCUAAGAGGAGGCACCGCACACCCUCCCAGUGCAAGGAGCGAAACAGACCAGACCCCGCGCCCCAGGAGUCUCCCAAGUCCUGGUUCUUCGACAGUCGCACGAAAUCUUUCCCAGCACCACACCCGGUUCGCUAUUUCGACAACUCUGGCCUAGGCCUUUGCCCUGAAGAACAGACCACCGGAGCAGAGAAUGUGGCCCCUCAGCCGGGUGCCUGGCUCACCUCCUCUGAGUCUGACAUGCCAGAAUGCAAGACCCAGUAGCCUCGUCUCUGUCACUUUCUUGGAUCCAAGUGGCCCAUGAACCUGGUUGGGAAAUGACUGUCUCUGGCAGCUCUGUCACAGCCAACCUCAUUGCAACUCCAUUUUCCCUUUGCCACCAGAAUUGGAAGAUGAACAGCCCAGAGAUAAGUGCUUUCCAGUAAGGUAGGACAGUGAUAGGGGUGCCUGCUUCAACAUGCCAAUAUUUUAGAAAUCAAUCAUUUUAUUUAUUUGUGUAUUUUGUAAAGAAUAAAUUCAUUGAAGGAAGUGUGGUUUUCCCAUGUAUUCAUAAAAUGUAUACAUUUUACUAGUGUAAAGUUGUAGACAUGUGACUUACUUUUGAAUUGUAAUGCACAAAUUAAUAUAAAGCAUCAUGUGGUUAGCAAAAUUAUAAACAUUUUUAGUACCUUGAACAUUCA